UCUCUCUCUUUCUCACAAUCUUGUUAACCGAAUUUUUAUCGUUGAAAUUUUUUUCCUUUUUUUGAAUUUUUUCUUCCCGUGUUUUUGCCUUUUUUUUAAUUUUACAAAGAUUUUUGAUUACCUCUCUCCUCCUUUUUUUUAAAUUAAUUUUUUUAGGGUUUUUUUACCCAUCUUUAAACUUUUAUUUUUUAGACUAUUAAUUGGACAAGUAUAGAAGAACCGGAAAGUUUGUAUGAGAAUAAUGGCUAAAAUUAGUUUUUUUUGUUUUAUUUUUAAAUUUAUUUGCUUUUGAUUUAUUGUUAGUAGGAAAUAUUUAAAUUUUUUGGAAAUUUUUUUUAAUUGAUUUUUAAAUCAUUUUAAUAUUUCUAAUUUUCUUUUCUUUUUUCAACUAGUUUUCUUCAAAAAUUCAAUUAAAACUAAAUUGUUUGACGAACACAAAAAUUCAAUUAAAUUUUUAAAGAAAUGUUGGGGGAGCAGGCAAAUUCUUCUAAAUUUAAUCAAAAAUUGAAGCAAGCACAGCCAUCUUUAAAGGAUUCUGAAAAAUUGAGUGACAAAGAAGUUGAGGUUUGUUUUAAAUUUAAUGUUUUUUUGUUGGGAAUUUCAGGGCAAUUUUUAUAAAAUCCUUUCUGGUUUCUGUCAUGAUUGAAAAGUUUUUUUAUAUUUCUGUUGUGUUUCUUUUUCGACGUGGGGCAAUAAAUUCGUUUUUCACUCAAAACCGCUUUAAGAUUUUUAAAACAGAAAUUAAACAAUUUCUGGCUUCUACCAUUAUUUGAAAAUUUAAA